AUGAGCUGGUCGCAGAACUUAGAGAAUCUUAUAGAAGAUCCAGCUGGAAAACUGGCCUUUGCUGCCUUUCUUCAAGAUGAAUUCGCUUCAGAGAACUUGAAUUUUCUUCUCGCAGCGAAAAGGUUUUCGCAGCAAGUGAAUUUCGUCGAGCAGAAAAAGUCAGCAGAGGACGUUAUUCUCAGAUUCAUCGGCGAUAAAUCAGAAACGCCGGUGAACCUGUCGGCUGAAAUCGAAACUGGCAUUUUCCGUUCUUUUGAGCGCGGCGAAAUCAAAUCGUCUCUCUUCGACGCUGCACAGGACGCAAUUAGGGACAUGCUGCGAUACGAUUCUUAUCCUCGAUUUCUCAAGGAGCGGACUCAAUUAAACUUGAAUUUUGAAUAUUUGUCCUUUUUGCUGAAUUUUGCGAGCCAUGAAAAGUCAACAUUAUACAACGAAAUAUUCGACAGUUCCUUCAAAAAUCUGACCUCAAUAAAACAGCAAGAAACAGUCUUCCGAAUCCUCGAGCAUCGACGAAGAUCUUCAAAUUCCACCUUUUGCGAUGCUUCGAUACGAAAAAAGACAAAAAGAAGAAGAAGCGCUCUUCAAUUAAUUCGGAAUGUUACAAAAGGCAAAGAAUCGAAAGAAAAAUGCUCAAAAGUAGCUCGUAGUCAAUCGCUCAAGACAGAAACACAUGUAUACGUCCAGCUGAGUACCGGCGAUGAAUUCACAAUAGAAGCUGACGGUCACACUAGAACAAUUGAUGCACUUCUUCGUUUGUGCUUUUCAAAUGUGCCUCCAGCUUGCUCUGUUCAGUGGUCACUUUCUGUCGCUUCCAUCCGAACAGAUGUUUUAUCAGCGAACUGGCUUCAAUUGAGCACUGCUACUCUUGCCGGGGCCAAGGUCUUUGGAGAAGUGAGAGUCAAUUUAAAAGUGUUGUUUGAAUCGGAGAUGAUCGAAGUGCGCGCCAAGCCGCAUAAGAUUUUAUCCCAAGUAAUCCAGCACGUCCUCCAAAAACUUCAAGUCGGAUUAUUACUCGAUCAGUUGAAAAUCACGGACGACAAUGGAAAGCCUCUUCAAACAAGUCAAGUCGUAGCAGGAAUGGCUCAAGAAACGGCUCUUUUAUUUUCGAAAAAGACUCAGUUUCUGAGCAACAAUCAGAUAUAG